UUGAGGCGCGGAGCCACCGCCCGGUCUGGGAUCGCAGCACCUUACCAGAAGCCGCCCCCGCAGCAAGCGAGCGAGCGCCGAGGCGUCGGGAAAAUGGCAGACAAUUUUUCACUUAAUGAUGCUUUAUCUGGGUCUGGAAACCCAAACCCUCAAGGAUGGCCUGGUCAAUGGGGAAACCAGCCUGCUGGAGCAGGGGGCUACCCAGGGGCCUCCUAUCCUGGUGCCUACCCUGGACAGGCCCCUCCUGGCAGUUAUCCUGGACAGGCCCCUCCUGGCGGCUACCCUGGACAGGCCCCUCCUGGCAGCUACCCUGGACAGGCCCCUCCUGGCGGCUAUCCUGGACAGGCACCUCCAGGAGCCUAUCCUGGACAGGCUCCUCCUGGCGGCUAUCCUGGACAGGCACCUCCAGGAGCCUACCCUGGCCCAACAGCUCCUGCUUAUCCUGGACCACCUGCACCAGGAGCCCACCCUGGGCAACCGAGUGGGCCUGGGGCCUACCCGCCUCCUGGACAGCCAAGUGCUCCUGGAGCCCAGCCCGCUGCUGGUGCCUUUGGCAUCCCUGCUGGACCACUGACUGUGCCUUAUGACCUGCCCUUGCCUGGAGGAGUCAUGCCUCGCAUGCUGAUAACAAUUCUGGGCACAACAAAGCCCAAUGCAAACAGAUUUGCUUUAGAUUUCAAGAGAGGGAAUGAUGUUGCUUUCCACUUUAACCCACGCUUCAAUGAGGACAACAAGAGAGUCAUUGUUUGCAAUACACAGCAGGAUAACAUCUGGGGAAAGGAAGAAAGACAGGCGACUUUCCCAUUCGAAAGUGGUAAACCAUUCAAAAUACAAGUGCUGGUUGAAUCUGACCACUUCAAGGUUGCGGUCAAUGAUGCUCACUUGUUGCAGUACAAUCAUCGGAUGAAAAAUCUCCAGGAAAUCAGCAAACUGGGAAUUUCUGGUGACAUAGAGCUCACCAGUGCUUCACAUGUUAUGAUAUAAUCUUAAAGGGGAAGAUUUAAAAAAAAAAAUGAAAUUGAAUAUAAACCCUUACACAUUGAAACUUCAUGUUUCCUGAUUGAAAAAUUUCACUUUUAUUCAUCACUGUCCUUGUAAAUCUUUGAUUUAAUAAACAUUCUGAGUUCCCUGUC